UCCUAAAACAAGUGAGGAAGCAAUUUGUCAAGCCGAACGAGUCAUUCUGGUUUUGAUGAAGCGACGACCCUUCAUCUCCAUCACAUCCCUGGUGUCUGCCCUCCUGCAUCCACAUGGCUCGUGUCUUCGUCUAUGGCACCCUGAAGAAAGGGCAGCCCAACUACUACCGCAUGUUUGAGAGCAUCAACGGUAAGGCGGAGUUCCUCGCCUCGGCCCGCACCAUCCAGAAAUACCCUCUAGUGAUCGCCGGCAAGUACAACGUCCCUUUCCUCCUCAACAUCCCGGGCCAGGGUCACCGAGUCCGAGGAGAGAUCUACAAAGUGGACAACAAGAUGCUGAAAUUUCUGGAUGACUUUGAAACAGUUCCCACCAUGUACCAGCGGACUCUGGUCAAACUGGAGGUGGAGGAGUGGGCGGGGGAGACAGAGGGAGAGGAGAGGCUGAAAGCAGGAAGCAUUACUGAGGCGUUUGUGUACAGCACAACGACAUACGAGCCAGACUGGCCUUCACUGCCAUGCUAUGAGAGCUAUGAUUCUUUUGGAGAUCAUGGGCUUGAAUAUGUGUACAGAGAGGCACGGGACUGAUGUAGCUCGCUGGAAUAAGUAGUAAGUAGAGUAGAUCCAAGAAGAUAGCAAAUAUGAUCCAAGAAGCCUUCCUGUCUUCUACCUCUGUACCAAUCAGCCUCCAGAUAUUGUCAAGGAAGUAUGUGGAGGCCAUCUAUCAAUGACAUCUCAAGAAAAUCAUACUUGAAAUCACUUCUGUGUCUAUUUUUUUAGAUCGUUAUCAAGAUUUGUGUUGGUCCAGGUCCUACAGUAUGUACGGUAUCUUUCAAAAUCAACCCUCUAAAUGCAUUUCAGUUUGUUUUCCUCUUUUACAAACCUCAACACACACACUCCUAUGAUGUCAAUAUGUAACUCCUUGCAGGUCUUUGAUUUAUUUGUCUCAUUGUAAUUACAGUUGAAAAGGGCAUUAGUCAUGCGUCCUGUAUGUGUUUUAUGCUCCAGUUUCUCACAAGGAUCAAGUUGCAAAAAAUAUUUGGUGUUCUGAGGCACCCAAAUACUUUGGAAGGUGUGAAUAAAACGUCUGGCACACCUGUGACA